AUGUUGGAGUUAUUAAACCUCGGAAACAAUCAAAUACAUGACACCUUCCCUUUAUGGUUGGGAGCUUUGUCCCAGUUGCGUGUUCUUGUCUUGAGAUCCAACCAAUUUCAUGGCACCAUUGGGCAUCCUCUAACAAAUCACCAUUUCCUUCUGUUACAAAUUUUCGACCUCUCUUUCAAUAGCUUUGAGGGUAAUUUGCCAUCAAAUAUGUUCAAGAGCUGGAAGGCAAUGAUGGAAGAGGACAAAUCCCAAUCUUUGGUCCUUGGCAAAAUGAUAAACAGAAGUUCCAUAUACUAUCAAAACAAAGUGUCCGUAGUCAGCAAAGGGCUAAUGAUGGAAGUGGUAAAGAUCCUUACUGCCUUCACUGUAGUGGAUCUCUCGGAGAACAAAUUUCAUGGGGAUAUCCCGGAAUCAAUUGGGGAUCUAAAGUCACUCCUUGUGCUCACUAUGUCCAACAAUGAUUUAACCGGCGGAAUUCCAACAUCACUUCAGAAUCUAAGGGAUUUAGAGUCAUUAGAUCUCUCGCAAAAUAAAUUGUCUGGAGAGAUCCCUUGGCAGCUAACAGAUCUAACAUUCCUUGCAGUGUUGAAUCUCUCACAAAAUUUCCUCGUGGGAAAAAUACCACAAAGCCGGCAAUUUCUUACAUUUAACAGCGAAUCAUUCAAAGAGAACUCAGGAUUGUGUGGACCUCCACUAUCAAAGAAAUGCGAAGAUGCAGAGAGUGCACCACCGUCCCCUCUGUCAACAUUACAAUCUGAAAGGAAAUAUGAUUGGGAAUUAAUGUGGAUAGGAUUUGGAGUUGGACACGGAGUACGAAAACGUCUGUCUUCCUUCAGCAACUCAGAUCGACAGACCAUGGUUGGGACAAUGGCAACAAAGCCAAAUCCAACAUUUGAGUUUUCAAAGAGAAGGCCAGUCUCCAAGCUCUAG